AUAGUGCGCUUAGACUCUCAAGACCACGAGAGUGCGGGCCAGGAUGGAGUGGUCGAAAAAAAGGAGAAAGAAGGGCACCAGGAGACGGUCGACACACCUUUAACUUCUCCGUCGGACGAUUUGCCGAUACAGGGAUCGGAUGCCAGCUCGGUGAUAUUUGCCUCGACGCCGGCGUCGAGAAAGCACGAGUUCCCAGGCGCGCUGCCGCCCAGCCUCCCGAACAAUGGCGCCAGCAGCUCGCCGGUGCCGGCUCCCACGCCGCCCAACGUGCCCGCGCCGUCCCCGGCGCCCGCCCAGCAGCCUCCGCACCAUCAUCCGCCGAUACUGGCCGCCGCCACAAUACCAUCGGCGCCCGCGACAACCACGCAAACGCCGUCGGCUGCUACCGCCGCUGGGCCGACCGCCCCCGGGCUACUCAAACCGAUACCAGUGUCUUCACCGGCUCCAGCCACGCCAGCAAUAAGCAGCGGCAUGCAUCCGCCGCCGCAAGCGAGCGUACCGACGGCCGCCGCCGCCCUGCCGCCGCAACCGGCGGCGGCGGCGCCCGCCUCCCACCAUCCGCCCGCGCUCGACUCGUCGGCAAUGCCGGGCGGCCACGCGAUGCGGACGGCCGACAGCCCGGCGGUGGCGACGUCGGCGAACGCCGCCGUGGCGCCGUCCCCGGCGUACCACCACCCGUCUUACCAGCCGCUCUACGCGCCCUACGCCUCGGUGCACAGCACAACCACCCAAUACACGUCGAUGGGAACGUCGUCGUCUGCGGCGGCGGCGCCGCUCCCACCGCCGCCGUCGAUAGCGAGCAUGGCGGCACCGCCGGCCACCGCAGUCAGCACGGCGGGCGGUCACAGGGCGGCGCCGCCCCACGAACGGGAACCGCUCCAUCAGCUGCUACCGCCGCCUCCCAAGAUGGUCGCCGCCUUGCCUCGGGUGCCCAGUCCCCAUGCCUCAGCGACCAGCGGCGGCGCAAGCAGGGAGCAACGUGAUAGAGAGAGGGAGAGAGAAAGGGAUAGGGAUAGGGAACGAGAAAGGGAAAGUUAUAGCAGCAGCGUGACGAGUCUGAGCCGCAGCAGCGCAUCCACCACGACGCUUAGCUGUCCGCCGCCCUCGUCAUCAUCAACCACCGCAGUGUCUUCUAGUCUACUAACGAGCGGCGGCGGAGUCGGCGGCCCGGCUCCCGCCCCGAAGCCGUGGCCGCCUCCGCCGACGCAGCAGCAGCCGGCGACGUCGAGCGGUUUGCCGUCGGCGGCGCCGCGUCUCAGUCCGGCGCCGCCGCCGCCGCGACCCACGCCGCCCCUGCACGCGUCCUUCCCGGCGGCGCCCAUGUUCGCCGCCCCGAUGCCGCCGCCCGUUUCGGCGCCCAGUCCGCUGACGACGCCGCCCGUCGCCGCCAAUCCCAACCCCUUCUCCGCCGAGAGCCUCUUCCAAAACAAUCAAACGGACAUGCUGCGGAGAGAGCUCGACAAUCGGUUCCUAGCGUCGCAAGACCGAUCUCUGGGGGUGGCGCCACCUCCUUACCUGAGAACCGAGAUGCACCAACAUCAGCACCACCACACGCACGUGCAUCAGCACACGACGUCUCUGCUGCCGCCACCGGCCGCCUCUUCAAUCUUCCCAUCUCCACUGACAAUGUCGCCGAUGGAACGCCUAGCGAGAAGAAGUCAAAGCAGUUUCAAGGAUAUUCCGAAAAUCGGCAGCGUGGAGUCGCCGUUCUACCGGCAAAACCUCGGCAUGCCGAAUUAUCCCGGAUAUUCGGCUCCCGGCUUGAUGCACCACGGUUUGACGACAGGGCCGACGCCUUUCGCGCCGCCAAACCAUUUGCCACCAUUCCAGCCCAAGUCCACGGUGCCUAGCGAUCCAACAAAGCCAAAAAUUGUGAAGUCGGGAAAAUGGAACGCGAUGCACGUGCGGGUGGCGUGGGAGAUUUACCACCACCAGCAGAAGAGCGGCGAGGCCAAGGGACAGAUAACGCCCGCCAAGCCGUCCACCGAGCUGCUGAGGCCGCCGACGCAUCCCUACUCGACGGCAACGCACGGGGCGGGCGCCCGGCCGCCCUCCCACCACGACCUGUCGCCGUUCGGGCAUAGGCCGCCCGGAUUCGACCCGCAGCCGCAUCAUCCCGGAUCCCUGUUCGGGCCCACUGCCGCACACUUGGGAAAAUCCCCAUUCGCCGCUGGCGCGUCGACAAUCUCGCCGUUCACGCGCUACGGCGGCGGGCCUUUGGGCGCCGCCUCCGGCUCGCCGUUCAGCGUGUCUCCGUUCGCGGCCGCCGCCCGCGACGGUCACCUCUCGCUGAGCGCCGCGCUGCACCACGCCGAUCCCUGGCGGUCGGCGGCGAUGCAGCGCUUCCCGCCGCCGCCGUCGUCGGUGUCGCAGCUGCCGCCCACCUUACCGGGGCUGCCGCCGCCGCAACCGCCGGCACCGUGGACCGUCAAGCCGGACCCGGUGCUCGAGCAGCAGAGGGAGCGCGAGUCAAGGGAGAGAGAGGAGCGCGAGAGGGAGCGGUUGAGGAGGGAGCGAGAGGAGAGGGAGAGGCGGGAGCGGGAGGAGAAGCAGAGGCGGUUGGAGCAGCAACAGCAACAGGAGCGCGAACGCGAGCGCAGAGAGAAGGAGCGCCGCGAGCUGGAGCGCCGCGAGAUGGAGCGCGAACGCGAGCGGCUGCUGCACCAGCAACGCUUGGCCGACGCGGCCAAGCAGCAGCAGCAGCGCGAGCAACAGCAACGCGAGCAGCAGCAACAGCAACAGAUGUCUGCGGGAAAUGCGCAGAGGGACCGGUCGCCGCACCGCAACGGCCAGGCCGAUCCCUCGGAGCUGAUUCGCGUCAAGGAGGAGCCGAGGUCGAUAAAAGAGGAGGAGCAGCACCACCUUCAGAGGCAGCAGGAGCAGCAGCACCGACAGCAGGAGCAGCAGCACAGGCAGCAGGAGCAGCAGCAGCAACAACAGCAGCAUCAGCACAUGAUGAGUCGGCAGCCCGAUCCACGGUCAGUAAUUCUCUACCACCCCUAUCUCCGCCACCCGGUAAACCACCUCCAACCGCCGCCCCAGAGCGUGCUGGACCGCUCGCGCCUGAUGUCAGCGCACCCCUCGAUGGCGGCGCACUACGCGCCGCCGCACUCCGCAUCGGCGCACUGGCCGCCCCCGCCGCCGCCGCACGAUCCCUUCGCCGCCUACCACCACUCCCGCUACGGCUACGGUCCGCUCGUCGACGCCGCCAUGCAGGACCGCGCCGCCGCCUUCUACGGCGCCUACGGCGUGCAGGCGCAUCACGCCGCAGCCGCGGCCGCCGCCGCCGCCCAGGUGCGGCACAAGGACGUGUCGCACCUGCGCGCGCCGCCGCCCCGCGCCGCUCCGCUCGCGCAGGACCACCCCGGCGGCGGCGUGCACAAGAAGGAGGAGCCCCGAUAG